AUGUCGGCCCAGACAGUGUCGAUAUGUAAAUUCGUCGGCACAAUCACCCUGGGAAUCGCGACGGGCGUCUCCGCAACCCUCUCCACAACCGCAUUCCCCGCACUGCUCGCCCUCCCCACUGCCACAAACGCGCGCACUUCACUUGCCUAUCUGUCCAGGCAGUCUUCCUGGCUAUCCUCAUAUCUCCGCCAUGUCACCACAUUCACCUUGUUCUCCGCCUAUGUACUGUCGCCGCGACGCUUCCGCCACCCCUAUCUGCUCUACACGUCCAUCUUCGCCUUCAUCUCUGGUCCGGGAGUCGACUACGCUGUGACUGCCAUGGAAGGGUCAGAUGAGAAGAGGCAGGUCAUGGAGCUAGAGGCGCAGGGCGAGGAGGUCAAUGGCGAAGAGGUCAGAGAGUUUGUUGAGAGGAGACAGAGGACCGAGUUGAUCAAGACGGGAUUAGCGGGAGUGGCAUUCGCAAUGCAGGUCGUUGGUCUAUGGGGUGAUGGUGCUUAG